AUGUCCUUGUGUAAGAAUGGUAAAGGAUUGAAGUCGCUAAGUGAAAUUGAUUAUUAUUUGCUCAGACAUGGUAUUCACUCAACGUAUACAAUAUGGCGUUUUCACGGGGAAAAGUUAGUAGGUAAAGGACAGAAGGAUAAUAGUACUAGUGACAAUGUAGGAAUUGCAGUUGACAAUGUAGGAAAUUUAACUGAGGAUAUUGGAGUUGCUGCUGAGAACGACGAUCAUAGUUAUUGUGUAGGUGAGAAUGAUGGGUUACACAGUAGGGUUCCCAAUCAUGCUGGAACCAGCAUCAGCAAAAAGAAAAGAUAUUUAUAUGAGCGUGCAAGAGAACCAUUAUACCCUUCAUGUGACAAAGGAAAGAUACCAUUGUACGCGGCUAUAAAACUGAAUAACAUAAAAACACAAUAUGGAUUUUCAUACAAUGGUGUCACUGCACUCUUAGAAUUGUUUAAGGAGUUGCUUCCUGAUGGAAAAACACUUCCAUCUAAGUUCUAUGAAGUAAAAAAGUUGAUCCAAGAAAUGGGAAUGGAUUUCAUUACCUAUGAUACAUGCAUAAAUGAUUGUAUUUUAUACUGGAAGGAUCAUGCAUCACUAGUUAGGUGUCCAGUUUGUCAAGAACCUAGGUAUGAGAAAUCCUUUAAUGAUGAAAGGAAACUUACACAAGUAGCUCGAAAGACUUUAAGACAUUUUCCGCUGAUAAAAAGACUGCAAAGGUUUUAUAGUAUACCGUGGAUAGCUGAGGCAAUGUACUGGCAUUCUAAAGCACAAUCCGAUAUAAAUGUUAUGCGUCAUCCAGUUGAUUAUUUAUCUUGGCGAUGUGCGAAUAUUUUUCACUAG